GCUGCUUUCUGUAAAAGAAUACAUAAAUAUUAAAUAUUUUAUUCAUGAUAAGAAACUUCUCAGGAAUAGCAUGUGGUUCGAUGUAACAUUCCUCUCACCAGUUUGUGCAGAGAGCAGGAAAAAAAAGUGGAUGGAGAAAUGUACAGUAUGUAUUUAAAGAAACAAUUUUGCCUUCAGUUGAAGUAAGUGGAUCAUCAAAAAAAAGACAAGUCUUUGCACAGUGGGUUGCAGUAAGAUUAUAUAGCAGACUCACGUAGGCUCAAUAUAUUGCCAUAGCAACAUUAUUGGUGUAAUUAUCAAAAGGGGAACUGACAAAGUCAAUAUAUCCUCAUUUGUGUAUGCAGUAGGUAUUUUAAUUGUCAACUACCUAAUUUAUUUUUCUUUCCCUUGUUCUCUAUAUUUAACAUUAACGGGGCACGAAGUAGGAUUUGUAGUUUCAGAUUCUUGUAAUGACUGAAUUCAGUGAAAUGGAUCACUAUUUUGGCUUUCAGAUAUAUGGUGUAACUCUUCCUAUACUGUUUUUGUACAGUUGUGACAGGCAGUUUAUUACAUAAUAAGAUGGAUGCUUAUUUUGUUCGCUCAGAAGGAUAGAAGACCAAAAGGUCAAACUUAAAUGCGCAUCCCUAAUCCUUGAAGGGACUGAUGAAUUCCAAAUCAGGCAUCUCAUGGGAGUGAAGUGUCUAAAAUAUUGCUGAGGGUUUAGUCACAUGAAGGAGAGACUAGAUAAUGAUAUUAUAUUUCUUUCCCGAAAGGACAUGAGCAAACAAGAUUUGUUUCAUGAUAAUCUGUUGGUUUUUAUUUCUUUAAUGUUACCCCCAGCUGCCAUAGUUGAUUUUGAAUUGUGUCUCCUGAGCUUCUGUUCAAGCCUCUGACUUACUAACUUAGCCGUGAACCACCAUUGCCAAUUCAGGAAAGAGUAUAAACCAGAAUAGCAGAUUUUAAAAUUCUUCAGCAAUUAACUCUACUUAGUAUAGUGCACGGAGCCUGGAUUUGAUCAGAGACAUUUUAGUAUAACUCCUUAAGUACACACUAGAGUAACAAACAAGAGCACAAAGAUCCUCUACAGUUGCCAGCAUCUGAUACUUCCGAUGAAGAAAAUCUGUUACAUGGCAUCUGUGCAUUUUCUGGUUUAUCUUAAAGAUGAAUACUGAUGGCGUUAUCAUAUUAGAAUUGAAUUAGAAUGGAAGACCACCACAGGUCUUCAAACCCAAGAGAGAUGUCUUGAGGACACAGCUUAUUUAGAGGCAAUGUGAUCAAGCUAACCUGAAGAUAUUUAAGAACAAUAAAGUGUUCGCAGUUUUUGUACUUCAUACUUUGUUCAUUAUCAAUGAGCAAUAUGAUACUUUUAUAUUAUAAAUUUUCCCCCAACACAAAGCAUUACAAAAACAAAGUCAGUUAUUGCAUUUACAAAUCUGUAAGUCAAAAAAGUCAUUGUAUUUUUCCUCAAAGCAACAAAACUAACUUUAUUUCAAACUAUAACUUAUUGUCUAUGAAACAUUGAAUGUAAAAUUUUAAAGUCUUAAUUGAUUAAUCAUCAUGACUCAGUUACUCAACAAUUUUAUGUAAUCACACAGUAAUAGGCCUUGCUGAAUUUAUCUUUUAAUGAUAAUGUCACCACUGUGAACAAUUAAAAUGAUGUUGGUUACAAUAUAAUGUGAACUUGCUCAUUUGCAAGUUUUUGUUCUGUGUUGCAGAAUUUAUCAACAAGAAUGUGUGUGAUACAAGUUAUAUUUUUCAGUGUAUAACUGUAUCAUCAUGGUUUGGAUUGUCAUAUCUAGAGCACUUCCUUCCAAAAAAACUUCAGUCUAUCAUCCUGCCUUUCCAUCUAUCAUUAAUGAUGAAAGAAACUGAUUAUUCUGUUGACAGCACUGCUAUUUUCUUUCAUAAAUAUCUAAUAAUGAUUGUUAUUGCUAACCAUUCAAUCAUUAUUUUAGCUGAUUGAUUAGAAAUCUAAUUACAGGUUAUAAUUUUCCUACCCCUCAGCAGUCAUUAUGAAGUUGAUUGUUACAUCUUGUCAUAAAUGAUCCAGUAAGAGACACAAGUUUGUUUUUGUGGUGUUUUAGAUGAGCUGUUAACUAGGACCCCUAUCUUUUCUCAUAAGGAAGCAAAGUUUCUGGAGUUUUAUUCUAUAGCAGUGAGCUAUUCCUGGUGACCUGGUCAAUAUUUUAGGUGAUAAAUAUCUUGUAGAAGAAAUGAUUGAUUUAAGAGCCAAACAGAGUUGGAAAGUCGGCACAUUCGACGUGGCGGGAAAGAUCCAAAGCUUGAUCGAUUUAAGAGCCGAGUUGUGUUGGAAAGAUUGGGUAUUGGCCAUAAUGAAGCGGCAGAGUCUGAGCCUGUGGGUGAAGAAUGACCAAAGGUUUAGGUGAUUUAAGCGCUGGGCCAAAUUGAAAUGGUUGGGGCCAGAGGUGAUAGACAGUCUGUGGGGUUUGCUCAUUCUGAGCUGGACUGAGGCUGUGGCCUGCAACUAGUGGACCUCUGGAUCAGCUACAGUGAUGCCUAGCAUUGUGAACUUCAGUUCUGAAUACUGUUUGUUUGCUUUUAUUGUUCGUACAAUGUUUUUUUUCUCUCUCUGCCCACUGGGUGUUUGGAAUUGUCUUCUUUUGUUUUCAAUGGGUUCCAUUAGGGUUCUUUGUUUCGUUGCGGCCUGUAAGGUAAUGAAUCUCAAGGUUAUACACACUGUAUAUACUUUGAUAAUAAAAUGCACAUGGAACCUUUGACUGGCCGUCUUUGAUACCUGAAUUGAGGAGGCAGUUAGAUUUCAGCCACAUUGGUGGUUUUGGAUUGUGUAUAGGCUAGAUCAGAUAAGAAUGCUGUUGAAGAGUCUUAGCCUGAAAUGUCAACUGUUCAUUCCUCUCCCUAGAUGCUGCCUGUCUUACUGAGUUCCUUUGUGCAUGUUGCUUAAGAUAUCUUCCUGUAGUGCAAAGCCAUGCCAAUUAGUAGGUUAUUUAGUCAUUGUAAAUUGUCUCAUGAUUGGGUUAGGGUUGAAUUGGUAAAUUACUGGAUGGCGCACCUUGGUGGGCUGGAAAGGCCAUUUCCAUGCAGUAUCUUGAAUAAAGUCAUUAUAACAGUGCAUCAGAUUCAUGGUUGUUGAAGAAAGCAAUUUCUUUUAAUUCUACAUUCAAUUUUUAAAAUCCACAGAUGUCAUUUUUGGCGUUUAACUCAUGUCUCUGGGUCUGGAACUUGGGUCCAAAACUAGCUGCUGCUUCACUAACGUUACCGACAAUUGUAGAAUGAUAAGUGGUCAUCAUUGCAAUACAAAGUAUUUCAAUUCAUGCUGCUGUCUGUAAGGAGUUCUCCCUGUGACUGUGCAGAUUUUUCUCUGGGUGCUCCAGUUUCCUCCCACAUUCCAAGGACAUAUGGGUUAGGAUUAGUAAGCCAUGGAUAUGCUUUGUUGGCACUGGAAGCAUGGUGACACUUGCGGGCCUUGAUAGACCAUGGCCUCCUCUACUAUGGAGAUGAAGUCACACUCAGGUUGGAGGAACAACACCUUAUAUACUGGCUGGGUAGCUUCAAACCUGAUGGCAUGAACAUUGACUUCUCUAACUUUCGUUAAUGCCCUCCUCCCCUUCUUAGCCCAUCCCUGACAUAUUUAGUUGUUUUUUUCUCUCUCUCUCUCUCUCUCUGCCUGUUCUCCAUCUCCCUCUGGUGCUCCCCCCUCCCCCUUUCUUUCUCCCGAGGUCUUCCAUCUCAUGAUCCUUUCCCUUCUCCAGCUCUGUAUCACCUUUCCAGCUCUUAGCUUCAUCCCACCCCCUCCAGUCUUCUAUCAUUUUGCAUUUCCCCCUCUCCCCACUACUUUCAAAUCUCUUACUAUCUUUCCUUUUAGUUAGUCCUGGUGAAGGGUCUCGGCCCGAAACGUCGACAGUGCGUCUCCCUAUAGAUGCUGCCUGGCCUGCUGUGUUCCACCAGCAUUUUGUGUGUGUUGCGUAAUAAUGGCAAUGGCAAGCCUUUUGAAAAUGAUUGGAUUUUACAUUUGUAUCUUUUUGUUACGGAUAUGCAAAGUUACCGCCAUCUUUUUCAUUUAUCUUGCUUUCACUGGUCUAUAUAGUGUUACCAAGUUUAUUUCUAGCAUGGGAUAUGUUUGCCAAAGCACAUAAUACAGAAGAGUUUCUAAAACACAGUGUUAGGAAUGCCUCUCAUGUUUACUCAGUAAGAGUUUAUUUUUAAAGUGGGUAUUUCAGGAAUUACGGUAGAUAAAGCCUUGAGAACAAUCAGAUCUGCAACUACAAUUCUACUGUCCCUCUACUUGAAGCUGCAGAACUUGGUCUACUCUGGAGUUUGGACCUGCAAGUUUCUCAGUUUAUUUUAUGUUAACCUUUUUGGUCUACCCCCUUUGUCUUUGUGGAUGAGGUCUCGACUCCUGUCUGUCUGUAACCGUGGGUGAGGUUUCUCUGUUCUUGUUGGCGAGGUCUCAUCGCCAGUCUCCCCCUCUGUCCCUGUGGGUGAGGACUUGUCAUCAGUUUCCCUGUACAUGAGGGCUUUGCUGUCGAUCUCUUCCUCCCUCAGGGUCCUUGGGUGAGCUUUUGCUGCCUAUUUUUCUCCUCCUCUUCCUCCCCCUGGGGAGGGCUCAAUCCUAGUCUCCUCACCCUGUCCUUGGGAUGGGCUCUGUCCCUGGGGAGGGGGGGGGGUAAAUUCUUGUCACUAGCCUCUCACUCUUUGUGUGGGGGUUCAUUCUCAGCCUCUCUUCAUCCUUGGGGACAAGGGCAUACAUCCCAGUCUUUCUCUGCUUACGGGAGGGCUCGUCAUCUUGCUUUACUCGGUCCCUUUUUGGGUGAGUGUUUGACUCUCAGCCUCCUACCGUACUUCCCAGACCCUACCUCUUCUCGCCGUCUCUCUGUCCCUAUAAUACUCCUCCUCCAUCUCUGGGUACCCAGUCCCAAUCCCCAGACUCUCUCCCUGUCCCUCAGGGGCGAGGGUUCGUCACCAGCUUCGACGCCUCGCUCUUCUGCGGAGUGAGUGAGGGUUCACUCCCAGCCUCCUCCUCACCGCUAUCGCGGUCACCAGUGUACAGUACCUGCAGCCCGAUGAGACGGUGGCUCCGGCCGGCGCUGAGCCCGUUGCUAAGGGCGGCCUGUCCCGGAGACGCCGGGCCUGCGGCUGUCCCGCACCGCCGGCCCGGCCAAGCGGUUGGGGCGCCUGCGCGGUCGUGGAGCCGAGCUGCUGCUGCUCUCCACGCUGGCGGGGGCGACUCGCGUCAAAGAGGAGCAUCCUCCUCCUCCUCCCCCUCAUCCUGCAGCUGCAGCAGCAACCACUCGCAGUCGGAGAGAUCCUCAGCUGGCGAUAAGAUGUCAGACCCAGUCCCCAGCAGGGCCAAGAAACUUCGGCCCAGACUCCACGGCAGGAGCAGUCUGCAGAGCACCGAGCCCGUAGAUUUACACAAGACGGGGACUCUGAAGCAAAUUCAUUGCUCUCAGUCUCUACCUGGAACUCCACUCUCUUUGAAAACCUUUCCUAUCAAUCUUCCUACAUCAAUGGAUGGAAAGUUUAAGGAGAUUGCAGAGGAGCUGUUCACGCGGUCUUUAACUGAAAGUGACAUGAGGACUGCUCCCUAUGAAUUUCCAGAAGAGAGUCCCAUUGAACAACUGGAGGAGAGACGACAACGAUUGGAACGUCAGAUCAGCCAGGAUGUGAGACUAGAACCAGAAAUUUUACUCAGAGCCAAACAGGACUUCAUGAAAAUUGACAGCGCUGCAGAUCUACAAUAUUACAAAGAUCAAAUUGAUUCUGCAGCAGAGACACACCCAGAGGAGCAGGAGCAUGAUCUUCUCCAGGAAUUUCAGCGGGUUAGCAUAUCAGGAGAAGAGAAGUGCGGGGUCCCCUUCACGGAUCUUCUAGAUGCUGCUAAGUGUGUUGUCAAAAGUCUUUUUAUCCGAGAAAAGUACAUGGCUUUAUCCUUACAGGGCUUUUUUAAGACAACUAAAAGGUUCCUAGAGCAGCUGGGAGACGGGCAAUGUCACAUAAAUUUGUAUGAUGAAAUGCCAGAAGCACCCAUUUCACCAGAGUCGUCUAUCCACUCACCAUUUUCUGAGGAGCAUCCCUACAAUAAUUGUGACCCAAACUUAAUGCCAGAAGAUAUAGGAUUUGGCUGCAAAAUGAUUGAUGGGGUCACCCAUGUAUAUUCCAAACCAAAUAUAAUGGACAAGUCUACAGAAGUGGAUCUGCCUUGUCCAAAUCUUCAGGAGUUCACUGCUGACAUGAAUGUUUUAAUGGCAUUAAUAAUCAAUGGACCAGUGAAAUCCUUCUGCUAUCGCCGGCUGCAGUACCUGAGCUCUAAGUUCCAAAUGCAUGUCUUGUUGAAUGAAAUGAAAGAGCUGGCUGCACAGAAGAAAGUACCUCACAGGGAUUUUUACAAUAUUCGCAAAGUUGAUACGCACAUUCAUGCGUCAUCUUGCAUGAACCAGAAACAUCUACUCCGCUUUAUCAAGCGUACGAUGAAGAAGAACCCAGACGAGAUUAUUCACAUGGAAAAUGGAAAAGGGCAGACUCUGAGGGAUGUCUUUGAGAGCAUGAACCUCACAGCCUAUGAUCUCAGUGUGGACACGCUAGAUAUGCAUGCGGAUCGAAAUACCUUCCAUCGGUUUGACAAAUUCAAUGCCAAGUACAACCCAAUUGGAGAAUCAAUUCUGCGUGAGAUUUUCAUCAAAACUGAUAAUUAUGUCGGUGGCAAAUAUUUUGGUCAUAUUAUAAAGGAAGUGAUGGAAGAUCUUGAAGAAAGCAAGUACCAAAAUGCAGAAUUGCGCCUGUCCAUAUAUGGCCGCUCUCGGGAUGAAUGGGAUCGUUUGGCAAAGUGGGCAGUGAAGCACAAAGUCUAUUCUAACAAUGUGUGCUGGCUAGUACAGGUGCCACGGCUUUUCGAUGUCUUCCGUACAAAGAAACAGCUAAACAACUUCCAGGACAUGUUGGAGAACAUAUUUCUUCCUAUUUUUGAAGCAACAAUUAAUCCUCGCAAUCACCCAGAGCUUCACUUGUUCCUUCAGCAUGUUGUGGGUUUUGAUAGCGUUGAUGAUGAGUCCAAACCAGAACAUCACAUUUUCAAUGCAGAUAGCCCUUUGCCCGUGAAUUGGACCGAAGAUGAUAACCCACCUUACGCCUAUUAUCUUUACUACAUGUAUGCUAACAUGACUGUGCUGAAUCACCUUCGCAAGAAAAGAGGAUUCAAUGUGUUUGUUUUGCGGCCACAUUGCGGAGAGGCUGGCCCCAUUCACCAUCUCAUUUCUGGAUUCAUGCUUUCACAGAGCAUCUCGCAUGGUCUUCUGCUUCGAAAGGCUCCAGUGUUGCAGUAUCUGUAUUACCUGGAUCAGAUCGGAAUUGCAAUGUCUCCUCUGAGCAACAACAGUCUUUUUCUGAGUUACCACAGAAACCCACUACCUGAGUAUCUCUCCCGUGGUCUUAUGGUGUCUCUCUCCACAGAUGAUCCUCUGCAGUUUCACUUUACCAAGGAGCCGCUAAUGGAAGAGUAUAGCAUAGCUGCCCAGGUAUGGAAGUUGAGCUCUUGUGACAUGUGUGAGCUGGCACGGAACAGUGUAAUAAUGAGCGGCUUCUCUCACAAGAUAAAAGGUUACUGGCUUGGACCAAACUACCAAAAGGAGAGCAUAGAGGGCAAUGAUAUCCGUCGCACCAAUGUCCCAGAUAUCCGAGUUGGCUACCGCCAUGAAACCCUGUGUGAAGAGUUGAACUUGAUCACACAGGCAUUAAUCACUGCAGAACGAUGGGAGAAUGAAUCAAUAAACAUGACUCCGCUGUCUGAAUAAUGAAAUGCACGAUGGCCUUCACAUGGAAGGGCAGUCGUUUAAAACAUUCUAACUAAAAUCACCUGUAGACUGCUAGAGUAUCUGACUGUUUACCCUCUGUAUAUCAUUAACUAUUGUUCCUUGGAACUUCUGAAUUUGAAUCUAUUUGUAAAGUUGUCCAUCUGGCAUACACACAAUGAUUUCUACCUUGCAUUAUGAUUGAUUUUAUAGUAAUGCCUGAAUGAUUUUAAAUAUAAUUGAUUGCUCCUUUUGGACAAGUUUUUUGACUGAAUGUCAGAGCUGUCCAAGGUAGGUGGGUAACAUUCACACCACAUUAUUUUCCUCAUGACUGUGACCAUGACGAUUCUUUUGGCUUGUUCCCAAAAGAUCUACCUCCCUGCAUUCCCAGAGAUGCUUUGGUUGUGUAGGAGCACCGGCUUUAUGACCGUUAACCUCUGCAUAGUAUUAAAAGAUGAAGUAGCAUUACCACAAGCAUGGUGAGACUUGGAUAUUUAGAAAUCAAAUAGGUUUUUUUUUGUUAAUACUGUGCACAGUGAGCGCCCUUAUAUAUGUUUACUGCUAAAUCGGGGUGAUCUCAUGAGCGUUGUAAACAAUCAUUUCCUUUUUUUAAACUUUCCGUCUAUUCUGUUGGGAAUUUCAGCAUUGGCUUAUUAUUUGUGCAUUGGAGGAAGUUGUUGAAUCCACGCUUCACUCCAGCAUUUAGGAGCACAUUAUGACUGUUCAUUACUGUACUCAAGAGCUACCAUAUCAUCAGAGAUGGUAUUGUUCCCACUGAACUUAAUUUUUCUUCAAUCUCAAAUGUUAUGCUGUUCUGUACCAAGCUUCUUCAACACUCAUCCCAGAAAACAAAACUUUUGAGACUAGUAAUUUAUCUCGUCAUCAUUAAUUAGUCCUGUCAGUUUUUUUUGGCUGGUAUUUAUGCCUUGUAGACUAAAUUGAUUAAACUUCAAGUUCUCCAUAACCUUUUGAAUGUCCUCAGACUUCCUGACGUCUUCAGUAUUCUGAAGUUUUACCUUUGACUCCAUCGCAAUUUUAUUGGGUAUGAGGCUUUCAGAAGGAAAGAAUGUGUCUAAUUAAUGAUUAAUCUAUGGUUUUCUGUAUCCAGUCCCGGGCAGAACUAAUGUGUAACUGGUCAACCCAUGACCUCAUUCAUCCAUGACCUUAGCUCCAAUCUCAAGUAAGUUAGACAGUUCCCCAAAUGUAUUCCAUUCAACAUUAGUCACAGACUUGAGCGUGUUGCAGUAUGUGCAUUAAUAAAUGAUGCUGGUUUCUUUUUUAAAAAUAGGCUUAGUUUUGAGUAUUUAUACAUUUGCGUAUUAGUUAUAAUUAUUUGCAGGCUCUCCUUAAAUAAGCUGAAAAUUGCCUGGUAUUAUUACUGAAGCUGCUUUUAAUGGAUAGCUGCAGUUCAGCAUAUCAGCCUUGAAUCUUGUUCCCAGAUAGCUUUGCAAAGGGCAAUAUCAAUAAAUCGGUUUUAGAAAAUGUCAGUAGUUUUGCACGGCCCACUUGACAGCUUUGUGCCUCGUACAGUAGAUGAUUACUAAGUAAAACACUGGUAACAGUGACUAUGAAACUGUCUGUUCUUGCUCUCUGAAGUACUGCCACUGCACUACAGUAAUUUCCUGUUAAACAGUGAGGUGUCCAUUAUUCUAAUCUGCUAACAGUAGCUUAGGAUAUACGUCAUAGUUUCACUGACAUUACACAGCAAUUCUGUCAUAUAGUUUGCAUGUAGUCAUGUUGAAUGAUGUUCAUGUCUAAGGCCAGGCUUAUUUUCUAGGAUUAUCCUUUUUGCUAAAAGUGAAUUUGAUGUGGUCUCAUUGUCAAUUGCUUUUCAAUCCAGAUGUGGCAAUGAAACAAGUUUAAAACUUGCUUACGGUGAAUGAGCGUUGGUGGAAAUUGCAUAUGUGGCGCUUUUCUGCACAUGUAGUCCAUUUCUUUUCCGGAGUUAUUGUUUCCUAGUCAAAUCCUGGUAAUUGAUUAAUAUACAAGAGAAAAGACCUAUCUUACAAUAAACAGUAACAAACUAAACAAGAGAUUCUACAGAUGGGGAAAUCCAGAGUAACACACACAAAAUACUGGAGCAACUCAGCAGGUCAGGCAGCAGCUAUGGAGAGGAAUAAAUAGUUGACUGUUUGGACCCAGACCCUUCCCCCUUCCUUUCCAGUCCUGAUGAAGGGUCCUGGUUGUAACGUCAACUGUCUAUUCUGUCCAUAGAUGCUGCCUGACCUGCUGAGUUCCUCCAGCAUUUUCAUAGCAUGGCUAUAAAAGCAGUUAUUACUGACAAACUCAUAUGUGUGGAUGGUUCCAUUACUGAGCCUUUACUUUCAGAAAGAAUAGCAGAACUGUUGUUUAUGUAACUCAAAUUAAUUUUCCAUCACCCAGGUAUAAAGUACCCCUUAAUGGAUAUUCAUGGAAUCUAUCAUCAAAGGAGAAAAAAAACAUUUUGCACUGUGGGUCUCAAUGUUGCUGCAGAGAUUAGGUUAUAAAGACAAGUUUUAUAAGUUAAAUAAUGACUCCUUCGGGCUGUUACUUCAUGGUGCAAAACUAGCUUUUAUUAUAUAAAAUGAAACCUAUCUUGGAAUGUUUCACUAACUUGCAGAGAGGUGAAGUGACAGUGAAUUGGUUGAACUUAACUGGUAUUUUUAUAAAUCCGUGCAGCUUUGUAGUAACCAAUGAUUGUAAUUGGCAGUUUUGUGCCAGUGCAUCCCAUUGCUUGAAAGAUCAUUAGUCAGGUGCAUGUUAGUCCAACAUGGACUUCUGAGUGUUACUAAAAGGCAACCAACUAAAAAAUUACUGCUGAAUGAGGCACUAGCUGGUGUGGGUAAAUGUUUAGUUUACAAUCAGUAAACUAACCUAACAGUGAUGUUAUAGCGAACGCAGGGUGCUUUGAUAGCAUUGUGGCUAGCCUGACGCUAUUAAGAGUGCAAGGCACUAGAGUUAGGAGCAUCCUUUGUAAGGUGUCUCUGUACGUCCUCCACAUUUUCCCCGGGUGCUCUGGUUUCCUCCCAUAGUCCAAAGACAAAUGGGGUAGGUUAAUUAAUCAUUGUAACAGUGAUUAGGUUAAGGUUAAAUCAAGGUUAUUGGGGUUUGCUGGGCGGUGUGGCUUGAAGGGCUGAUACUGCACUAUUAUCUAUAAAUAAAUAUAAAUAAGAGGUUCUGCAGAUUUCCUCCCAACAUUUUGUGUAUAUUGCUCUCGAUUUCCACCAUCUGCAGAAUCUCAUGUUUCGGAUUCUGCAUUUACUGGAAGUUCAAGGCAACGCACACAAAAUGCUGGAGAGACUCAGCCGGUCGGGGGGAAUUAAGAGUUAAUUCUUUCGGCUGAGACCCAUCAUCAGGGCUAUGGUACUGGCUUAUGAUUAGCUGAAUCCAAGCUAUUCUUGUUAAUGAUUAGAAAUGGAUAAAGUUUGAGAGAUUGUUGCUGACUCCAGACAAACUAAUGAUCAAAGUGCAAUUGUUGUCUCAGAAUGUGGGCAACAAAGUGUUGCCCAGACAAAGCAGGUAGUUCAGAGGGACCAGGUGAGUUGGUUCAUGUGAGAGCAAUAUGUGUAUAUGAGCACAAACUCAAUGGCCUGACUGUACAAUUCAUUAUGUUUUUAAUGUGCAUUUCAUUUCUAUCUAAAAUUAAUGAUUCAGGAUCUCUGUUCUGCAUCUCUAUUACUAGUUCAAAUUAUGGAAACUGAAUUUUAGGUAUUCCAUUCAAUUCACUGAUAUUCAGGGUAUCCUAUUUGCUGAUCAACAAAGUUCAAGUAAAUUUAUUAUCAAAGCACAUAUAAACUUUUUAGAUACAUUUUCUUCCUGACAUUUAUAGGAAAAAAAGAAAUGCAAUAGAACUAAGAAUGCAAGUCUUAAGAUGAACUUCCUUGGAUUUUUUAACCACGGUACCUACACUCAGUGGCCAAUUUGCUAGAUGCAGGACUGGAACCCUGUUUGGUCUUCUGCUGCUGUAGCCCAUCCACUUCAAAAUUUGAUGUGAUAUGAGUCCAGAGAUGCUCUUCUGCACACUGUUGUAACAUCUGGUUAUUUGAGUUACUGUCAUUCUCCCCUGACUUCUCAUUAACAAGGCACUUUUGCCCACAAAACUGUCACUCACUGGAUGUUCGUUUGUCUUUUUUGCACCAUUUCCUGUAAACUGUUAGAGACUGUAGGUUAGCAGUUUCUGAGAUACUCAAAGCCUCCGUCUGAUACCAACAAUCAUUCCACGGUCAAAGUCACUGAGACCACAUUUCUUCCCCAUUCUGAUCUUUGGUCUGAACCACAAAUGAACCUCUUGACCACGUCUGCAUGGUUUAUGUGUUUAAUUCUGCCACAAUUGGCUGAUAAUAUUUUUGCAUUGACGAGCAGGUGUAUUUGAAAGCCACUGAGUAGUUUUAUCCUAAGCAGAGAUAUUGAAAGUGCUUUCUUGUAAAAAUAUCUGAGUGCACAGCAUAUUUUGAGAUUUAAAUGGGAACUGUUAAUGGCAAAGAUUAUGUUAUUCCAUUGCUGUGGUAGAAAAAUCUAGCUGUAUGUAAUUCACCAAAGACUAAUCCCAUGUAGGUCUAGAAAUAUUUCAUUGCAGGUAGCUCCCAUUAUAACAGAUAAGCCUACAGGUUAAUUUCCUAUAUGUAAUCAAAUCUAUCAAGAUUUAUUAGAUUUUGUGUGUGCUUGUAACUAUUAUGGUUCCACUUCACAAUUUCUAAAUUGCAAGCCUAUUGUUACAUACAGAGUAAAUGUCACACUUCGCUAGAAAUACUGAAAAAACAAAAAUAAUUGAGUAGAUUCAUUAGAUCGCUAACAUAGAUCACAUUUCUGCUUGAAAAUAAAACCGUUAAAAAUGCAAUAGUCAAGUCUUCUACAUUAUAAGCAGAUAGGGUACAUUGGAUUGGAUAACCUUUGAAAUACUAAUAUUUUGAGAGUGAUCCUUAGCAAAACAUGUUUUUUGUUUCUAUGUCAGAGUGAUUAUUUUUAACUCCAGGCUGUGCAUGAUACAGGUUGGCAGGUAGCAUAAUGAUUUACAGUGCCAGCGACCUGGGUUCAGUUUAUAUAUUCUCUCUGUGACUGCAUGGCUUGCUUCUGGGUGAACUGGUUUCUUCCCAUAGUCUGAAGACCUACUAGUUGGUAGGUUAAUUGGUCAUUGUAAAUUGUCCUGUGAUUGGGUAGGAUUAAAUCAGGAGAUUACUGGGUGGAAGAACCUAUUCCAUGCUUUAUCUCAAUAAAUAAAUAUCACAGUGACUUUGUGCAAUAGAUCACACAACAUGAUGGAGGAACUCAGCAGGCCAGGCAGCACCUAUGGGGGAAAAAAGUACAGUUGACAUUUCGGGUUGAGACUGAUCGGUAGGACUGGAGAAAAAAGAUGAGUAGAUUUAAAAGGUGGGGGAAGGAUGAAGUAAAUAGCUGGGAAGUUGAUUGGUGAAAGAGAUACAGGGCUGGAGAGAGGGGAGUCUGAUAGGUGAGGAUAGUAGAGGCCAUGUACUGACAUAUCAGAAUGCAAAUGGGAAUUGGUAUUAAAGUAAGUGGCCACUGGUAGAUUGUUUCGCUGAACACCUAUGCUCUGUACACCAGAAGAAGUGGGUGUAUCUGGAUAGCCUCCAACCAGAUGGCAUGAAUAUCGAUUUCUCCAACUUACGGUAAUGCCCCCCCCCCCCCUGCCUUCUGCACUGGUCUCCAUCCCCUUUUCCCUCUCUCACCUUAUCUCCUUGCCUGCCCAUCGCCUCCCUCUGGUGCUUCUCCCUUUUCUUUCUUCCAUGGCCUUCUAUGCUCACCUAUCAGAUUCCCCUUCUGCAGCCCUGCAUCUCUUCCACCAAUCAACUUACCAGCUCUUUACUUCAUCCCUUCCCCUCCCAGUUUCCUUUAUCAUCUUGUGCUUUUCUUCCCCCUCCCCAUCUACUCAUCUUUUUUUUUUCUCCAGUCCUACCGAAGGGUCUUGGCUCAAAAUGUCGACUACUUUUUUCCAUAGAUGCUGCCUGGCCUGCUGAGUUGUUCCAGCAUUUUGUUUAUGUUCCUUGGAUUUCCAGCAUCUGCAGAUUUUCUCUUGUUUGUGUAAUAGGUCACUUGUAGACAAGCAGGAACACAAUUUUUUUAAUAUCAAUAAAAAAAAAUGCAAGUUUUACUUGCUAGCUGAUCCAGAGCUUAGGAGUUCCCACUGAAGGUAAACACAAAGGUUGAGAACAUUAUUUAUGUUCUGAGUUGCACUUUCCAGUUUCUGACUCACACAUAACCUAUUCUAACACUUCAUGGAGCACUGGAUGAUUAUAGAUGUUACACACAUUUUAUAUUUAUAACUUACAGUUUGUGAUAAAGUUAAACUCAGUAUUACUAUAGCACACAAGUAUGCAACCAUCUUUCACCACUUAAUUAACUUUUGUCAGAUUUGCUGAAUGAGUUAUAGCUCUACCUUCCCCUAUGUACUAUUGAAGAUCAAAACAUGAAUAAGUUUUGUAAAUGCCCACAGAACAGGUAUAAACGUACAGAUUAUCGACAUUGUAGUUAGUUUGGAAUUCAUUUACUCUUCGCUGUCCUAAUCUGCUUCUGCAAUUAGGUACCCUUGUAUUCAACAGAAUCAGCCACAACUACACAACAUAACCAAAAUGAGUUAAGAGUUUCUAUGCGCUUAUUCCUUAGCUGUUUACCUGAUGGUCAGCUGAAUGUCCCCAAGACAGCUGCUUGUGCUUUCUUAAGCAUUCUCUUUACAAUGAAGAUAAAGCAGGUAGUUUACGGUUAGUUGUGUAUAGCCAAUAGUGAUGCUUUGUACAGUAUUUUCAUUUAUAAAAUGUAAAAAUACCUUGGUGACAUAAUCCCUAACCAAGGCUGUUUACGAAGUGAAGUCCACCAUCCAUCACAAUGGUCAGCUGUAGUAGAGAUAGCAAUUUAUAUAAUAUUAAUAAAACAUUUAAAGAGA